CCCCUCUCCAUGCGCAACCUCGUCGCCCUCGCCGCGCGGCCACACGCCCUCUCCUUCGCCGAGAGCAGCGCUGCGGCUGCGCGCCGCCUCGAUGCCGUCGCCGUCGACGGCGAGAGCGGCCGCCUCUUCAGCGCCUCGUCGCUGCCCGACGGCGCCCUCACCAACUUCCAGAUCCACCUGCACCCGCGGGCACACGUGCCCCACCACGCCGAUGCGCACACCGCCAGCGAGCUGGGCGCAUCGGAGAACGCCCGUCUCCUCUGCGCCUUUGCCGCGCCCACGGCACCGGAUGGCCCGCGCCGCAGCGCCGUCGUCUCGCUGCAGUUCCUGCCGGACGGCGGCCCAGCGGGCGAGGCGGCCAUCGUCAUCCUGACGGCGGGCGGCGACAUCGGCCUGCUGAGCCUGUCUGACCUGAACAACUAUCACAGUUUCGGCGCUGCUCCGCCGACGCCGGAGAUCGUCGGCAGCGUGGAGCAGGGCAUCCUCGCCGCAGCGUGGAGCCUAGACGAGGAGAGCCUCGUCCUGAUCACGGCACGCUCGGCAGACGAGAGAGAGAAGGUGCUGGUCAUGUCGCGCGACUGGGAGGUGCUGAGCGAAGGGCUACUCGACACGCAGGACCUUGGCACAGACACGUUCGUCAACGUGGGCUGGGGCUCUGCCGAGACGCAGUUCCAUGGCAAGGCGGGAAAGGAAGCGGCGGCGGCUGCAGGUCAGGCAGGACCCUCGACGUCGUCAGCGCGAGGUUCGGCACUGAAAGAGGAUGAUGGCGUGCCGCGCAUCUCCUGGCGCUCCGACAGCUCGCACUUUGCCAUCUCCUCGCUUGGAUCUGAAGGCAGCAGCUCUGGGCGGGCAGUGCGUAUCUUCGCUCGCGAAGGGCUUCUGUCCGCGACCAGCGAGGCUCUGCGCGGCAUGGGCCAUGCGCUGAGCUGGAAGCCCAACUCGCUCCUGAUGGCUGCGACGCAGCGCUUCGGCGGUGACUACGCGUCAGGGAGAGAUGGGCGGCAGGACGUCAUCUUCAUCGAGAAGAACGGCUUGCGGCACGGCGAGUUCAGCUUGCGAGAAGAGUCCGGCUCGCAGCCCGUUCCGGGCGCCUUCGAUGCGCCGUCGUCGUUGACCGAGCAGCCUUGGGCACGCGAGCAUGCUGUGCGCGAGCUGUCAUGGAACUGCGAUGGCUCAUUGCUGGCGGUCUGGCUGCAGCGCGCGGACUCGCCUGCUGUAGUGCAGAUCUGGUCGCCGACAAACUACAGCUGGACGCUGCGCUCCGAACUGCCGGCACUCGCCGGCGAGAUCUGCUCGCUCCGGUGGCAUCCCGAGAAUGCGCUCUGCCUCUACGUGGUCUCGCCGCACCUCAUUGUCGAGCGUGUCUGGAAGCUCGAGGAGACAAUAUCGCCCGGCGACGUGCCGACUGACGUGGCCUGCGCUGCAGUCGUCGACGGAUGCUCGGUGCGCCUGACGCCGUUGCGGACGCACAAUGUGCCGCCGCCGUAUGCUGCUUUCACGCUGGUGCCGUCGCCCGGACGUGGCCGAGCGAUUGCACACGUUGCAUGGGCAGACGCAUCAAUAGGUACACAAGCGAAGAGCCUCCUCGCCGUGCUCUUCGCAGAUGUCCCGGAGGUCGCGAUCUAUUCCUGCGCUUGGGGAGAGCUGGGCCCUCGCGCGCCUGUCGGAGGCUGGAAGGCGCCAUCUCCGCAGCUCGUGUGCACAGUCAAUGCCUCCGAGGGGCCUUCCACAAGGCCGUUCGUCGCGCAUCAAGUCGGCUUGGAUGCGGCCGUCAGCCAGAGCGGCGACAUGCGACUUCAGCUUGUGGUCAUCGGCGUGCACGAUUCUAUGGACGUGUCACAGGCUGUUCAACGCAUCGAACUCCACGUCGACGCGCAGGGCGAGGCUUCCAAAGACGUGCGCAGUACUGCGAAGGGCACCUCCUUCCGGCAAUACGUUCCCGUCCGACCUGCUUCUACGCAGCUCCAUGAGGACCGGCCGCGAGUCUUGCUGCAAGACGACCUGGGACAUCUCUUCGCUGCCGACACCCCGCAGGACUCGCUCGCAGCUCUGCCAGAGUUCUGCCCUUAUGUCGCGAUCGCUCCUUCUCUUGCGGCGCCCAAGACCGAUGUCGAGGCUGGAGAAGAAUACGAGGACAGUCAGUCCACAAGUCCUCGCGUCGUGGGCCUGUCAGGCGCCGGCGUGCUCUACGUUGAGUCCAACGUGGUCUCGCGCGACGCAACGUCCUUCGCUCUGAGCGGCGACAUGCUCGUCUGGUCGAGCACUGCGCACCAGGUCCGCUUCCUUCAGCUCUCCGCCGACAAUCUCUCGCGUUUGGGCUCCGAAACCGAGAGCACCGAGACGCUGGCGCUCUCUCGGAGGGUCGAGCGUGGAUCGCGCAUCGUCGCGGCGGUGCCGAGCUCGAUGUCGCUCGUGCUGCAGAUGCCGCGUGGCAACCUCGAGACCAUCUACCCGCGGCCUCUCGUUCUCGCUGUUGUGCGGCGGAACGUCGCCGAAGCGCAAUACGCGCAGGCCUUCUUGGUCUGUCGCACGCACCGCGUCGACCUCAACGUUCUGGCGCAAGACGAGCGGUUUGUGUCUCACCUCGACGAGUUCGUGGCACAGAUCGGCGAGGCCGAGCACAUCAACCUCUUCCUCUCCUCCGUCUCGGGCGAGCCCAGCAAGACGAACGCUGUCUGCGACUCCAUGCGCGCUGCGCUGGAGCGUGCAGACGCGCAGCGCUACGUGACAAGCAUCCUGACGACGCAUGUGCGCAAGCAGCCGCCGGACUUCGAGAGCGCCCUGUUGCUGCUGCGCGACAUCAAAGGUCGCGAUGAAGCGGCCGCCGACGCCGCCUGCCAGUAUCUGAUCUUCCUCGCGGAUGCGGACAAGCUGUUCGACGCCGCGCUUGGCCUCUACGACUUUGUGCUGCCUCUUCUCGUGGCUCAGCACUCGCCGCGUCGCGAUCCACGCGAGUACCUUGCCGAGCUGCGAGAGCUGCGUGCCAACUCAAAUUUGCCGUAUCAACGCUUCCGCAUCGACGAUCGUCUCGCACGCCACGCCAAAGCCGUGACGUGGCUCACGCAGGCCGGGCCAGAGCAUCACGAUGAGGCGAUCGAGUACGUCCUGCGUCACGAGCUCUACCAGGAGGCGAUGGCUGCGUGGGCAGGUGACGCCGGCAAGCUGUGUGAGGCGCAGACGCUGUACGGCAACUGGCUGCUGGGCAAGAAGCGCGCAAGCGAGGCUGCCAAUGCCUACGCCAUGGCAGGACAGACUCGUCUGGCCAUUGACGCUCACAAGUCGGACAAUCAGUGGCGCGAGGUCUUCGCUCUCGCUUUGUCGCCGCCUCGCAUGGGCACGCAGGAAGUGCAGCUGCUUGCGCAGGAGCUGAGCAUGUCGCUGGAGGAGGCCGCGCGCUACGAAGAUGCGGCGCAGGUAGCCCUUCAGUACGGCCGCGACGUCGAGCGCGCAGUGGACAUGCUGGGGCGCGGCGGACACUUCUCGGAGGCACGCAGAGUGUGCGCGCUGCAUUCGCGGCUCGACCUGGUCGAGACACACAUCAAGCCGGCGACGCUGGAGACGCACACACAUCUGCUGGAGGACGUCGCGGACAUGACCUCGCAAGUCGACCGGACCGUCGAGCGCUUGGCAGCGCUCCGGAUCAAGAAGGCCGAGGACCCAGACUCGUUCUACCCGGACGAAGACCCAGUCGACGACGGGCGCUCCGACACGGCCACGCGCAUCACCUCCUUCACGCGCUUCACUCGCUUCACGCGCCUGACAUCGCUCACAUCACUGGCCUCGGGCCCGACUGCGCUCUCGUCGGCGUCGAGCGCACGCACGGGCAUGACGGCCAAGCGGCGAAAGAAAGAGGAGAAGAAGAAGGCCUCGGGCAAGAAGGGCAGCAUCUACGAGGAGGACUACCUCUUCGACAGCCUGGCAAGGCUGCUUGGCAGCAAGCUGGAGACGUGCCAGGCAUCGACGGCCGCUCUGCUGCCGCACCUCUUGCAGCUCUCGUCUGCCCAUCGUCUCGCCGGUCACGCCUUGACCGAGGCACUGUCCGCCUUCGAGACGCACGCCGCAUCUGCUGUUGCCGCACUCAGCGAGGCAGUGGCCGCAGAGCACGCGUCGAUCGAGGCGCUGCGGCUCGACGCCCUGCGCAGUGCCGUGUCGCAGGGCUCACCGUUCGCUGAUCUGCUUGCUGCCGGCCUCUUCGCGCCCGUCCCGUUGCGCGAGCCCAUCAAGGUCUCGCAGAGCAAGUGGCGCUGCGGGGUACUUGACGCCAUGGCGGACACGAAGACGCCGGGGGCGCACUAAUCGCAUGCAUUGCUAUUCCACCUUUUG